CUGCCAUGUGACGUAGACCUAGAGUGUUGGUUUCUCUCCCUUAGGAUUUAUGGACAGUCCUAGGUUUGUACCUGGGGCCACGCCACUGGCCAUCUCCUCCCCUGGAUCCUUCCUGCCUCCUUAUGGUGCAGUAGUUGGAGUAUUGCUUCACUUCUUUGUUUAUUUCAUUGCCAUACUUUAUAGCUAUGCAAAGAAACUAUUUGCAAAAAAGGAUGAAAGUAAAGUAGGAAAACUAGAUAACCCCACACACUGCGAACUUCACUGCUGUAAGGAUGGACCAGUAAGAAAUGGCCAUAUUGGACUGCGACCACCUUCUAUCCAUCCUGAAAGACUGAAAGACUUUGGCGAGGAAGAUUACCUAAAUGGGGGAGUGAAGACUUGGGAAAUGAAGUUAACUAGUCCUAAUGAAGAACUCUUAAGAGACUCAGUCAGCCACCCAGACAGAAUUAACCAAUCAGCGUACAAUAAAUUUAUUAGGUUUGAAGAUAUCAGUGCAGCAGCUUUCAAAAUCCAGUGUGGAGUACAGAAAACACUUUGUACGUAUUCUAGGCUUUCAAAGCAGUAUGGGAUGGACCUAUAUCUAAAGAAAGAGUUCCUCCAGUACACAGGAACUGUGAAGGAGCGGGGUGUGCUUUACCUGCUGAUGUCUUUGCAACAGGAACAGCAAAGAAAAGGUGUGAUUGUUGCGUCAGACAGCAACUUUUCCAUGGCAGUAGCGUAUCAUUCCGCACAGAAACAAAUCCCCGUGUUUGUCAUCAUGCCCACCAGCACUUUGCCAACCCGAAUUAAAAUGUGCCGUGAGUAUGGUGCCAUGGUAAUUUCUUAUGGAUCUACAGCAAGAGAUUCCCAACUGCAUGCCAGGAGGCUAGCACAAGAAAAUGGCUACUUGUAUCUUGAAGAAGAAGACAGUGCUGUCUAUCUGUCAGGGUUGGGGACCAUGGGCCUGGAAAUCUACGAACAAGUGCCAAAAUUGGAUGCAGUGAUAUUCCCAGCAGGGCCCCACUGUGGAUUGCUAGCGGGCUCAGCUGCUGCACUGAAACAUUUAAACGCACACAUUUCUGUGAUUGGUGUGGAAUCUGAGGGUUUCCCUGUAUUGCAGCAGUCAUUGAAGUUUGGCUACGCUGUUGAAGAACGCAGCCGCAGCAACAGUCGAUUUUAUAAAGAAGUGAGUGGACCUUGUUUUGGCACCAACUCUUUACAGCUGACUGGGAAAUUUGUUGAUAAGGUUGUAACUGUGAGAGAAGAGGACAUCCUGGUUUCCAUGCUGAGGUUGCUGGAGUAUGAGCGUGCCACUGUUGAUGCCGAAGGGGCCAUUGGACUCGCAGCUGUGGUUGCUGGGAAGUUGCCAGAGUUGAAGGGCAAAAGAGUGGCCGUUGCUGUGUGCAGUGGUAACCUGGAGCUCCCCCUGAUGCGACAGUGCAUAGAUCGUGCCCUCACCCUUGACAACAGAGUAUGCAAAUUCUCCACCUUGAUCUCUGAUUGUCACGAGAUAUUUCCAAGCUGCUGGAGAUCUUGGCUCGGGAGGAAGCAAGAGUUUUGGACAUCAAACAAGAACACAUGUACAAGACAUCUGAUCUGUUCACCAGUGAGGUCACCUGCAUUGUAGAGACCAGAGACAAAUUCCACACUGCACAAUUAAAAAAUGCGCUCAUAGAUCGCUACCCAAUGAUGACGUGGCUGGAACGGUGA